CUCUGUGUCACCGGCACUUUCAUCUUCCAAUUUAAUUGGUCUGUAGGUCAACAACAGAGAGAAGAAGAAGGCAAAUUUCUAAAGCGGCGUCGUGUUGGUCGUGAGCUCUGUGUGUUCCAAAAAUGGAGUUCGUUAACAAGGCGGUGAGCGCUGCAACGAAAGCGGCGAAGAACAACACGGUGAUAAACGUGUGCCUGGUAGGCUCGUUCAUCGCGCUGAGCGUAAGGUCGGUGAGGCAGCAAAACGACAUCGAAUCGCUGGAGGCGGAGAAGGCGUCUCUCAUCAAAUCGAACAAGGCUGCGAAGCAGACCAUGUGGGACUGGAAGCAGCAGCUUUACGCCGAGGCCUCCUCCACUGGCGGCGCCGUUUUGGUCCCUCUCGCCAGACUCAAAGCCAUUUACGGCGAAGCUCCCGUUGCCCAAAUUGGAGAGGCUGUGAAGGAAGAAUCAAAAUCUGCUGCCUCCAAAUUUGUGGUCUGAUUUUGGGACAUUGGGUUGCUGCUAGCAUUUGCAAAUUGGGUAUUUGCUUUCUUUGCCUUGCAAGCUUGUAAUGCAGUUGCAGCUGAAUUUAAUGGUCAGGCUUUGAGUUCAUUUUGCACUUCUAUCAUUUUGGUGAAGGGAGAGAGGAUCAUUUUGAACUCAUUCAAGUUUGCCAUGGGACUGAAUUUAUUCAUUUCUCUGUGUUUUUAUGUGGCAUUUGCAACAAAUAAGGACUCUUACAGUUGGAUCAAGGAAUGAAUGAACAAAUAAGGACACUAAAUAACUGUACUAUUGAUCAAAAGUCCAUUAUAAUUUUUUGGGCUUUUAUCACAAGUGUGGUCUCUAAACUUUUUAUAAGUCCUCAUUUUAGUACUCAAAUUCUCAAAUCAAUCAAUGUGGUCCUUAAUUUUUUGGUUUACACAUCAAUUUGGUACGUCUCACUCCAACAUAACUUUCGAUAAAAUUGAUUAUGUGUCGUUGGUAUGACUGACUUUAAAAGGAUAUUGUCAUCUAAAUAUAGGUCAUUUUAGUCCUGAAACUCAUGUUUUUGCUCAACAAAUCCAUAUUCUCUCCAAUUGGAGUUUCACACUGGCGUUAUUAAAGAAGAGUAGAUGGUCUUGUUGAGCAAAAUACAUGAGUUUGCUUUAUGUCAUGGAUGCAUAGGUUGCAUUUUGACAUAAAUACCCCCAUCAAAGUUGGUCAUGUGACCAAUUUUGACGGAAUGCAAUGAGAGGGACCAAGUUGAUGUAUAGACUAAAAAAUUAAGGACCACAUUGAUUGAUUUGAAAGUUUGAGAACUCAAAAUGAGGAUCUGUGAAAAGUUUAGGUACUAGUAGUAGUAGUGACAAAGUGGAUUGUAUUGAGUGUUCACUGUGGAACCCCAAUGUAUUGUUUGCAUACAAUUAAAUUUUGGGACUUACCAUUAGAAACU